ACCCUGUGUGUAUAUAAAGUAUAUGGAGCAUUAAAAUAUCUUAGACAAAUACGGUUAAAUACGAGUUUGAUUAAUGAUUUAUUGUGCUUCUGGGGCGUAACAUUUCAAAUAUGUUGAGUGGGAAUAAUGAUUCCUGAUUGAGAGAAACGACGCCAGCAAUUUUAAAAGGAAGGGUUGCGCGAUCAAAUCGAACCCUGGUACCUUGUUUUAUCGAUCUCCGGAAGAAAAAAAAAAAUGAAAUAUCAAGUUGACCUCAGCUGGAUUUGAACUUGGAAUGUAAAGAAUCAGAAUGACUACGGCAGUAAUAUUAUAAUAGAAAACGAAGCAAAGUCGGCCUCGGCUGGAAUCGAACUCGGAAUGUAAAAAAUCAGAAAGACUACAGCAGUAAUAAUAGAAAACAAAGCCAAGUCGGCCUCGGCUGGAAUCGAACUCAGAAUGUAAAGAAUCAGAAAGACUACGGCAGUAAUAAUAGAAAACAAAGCCAAGUCGGCCUCGGCUGGAUUUGAACUUGGGAUGUAAAGAACUGGAGUGACUACAGGCAAUGAUGUAGAUAAAGCUGUGCUUAACCACGGCGAGAUUUGAACUCAUGAUGUAAAAAGACGAACAGUACUUCAUUUCUUAAAACGAUGCAUUUCAAGGAAGAGAGAACCUGUCUGUCGUAGACUCAUGAGUUCUUCCAUCGCCACGAAGCGAGUAGUGCUUGUGUUUUUGCGUAAUUUAAUUUAAUUAAUGGACCACUGAACUAAACAGCAGACACCAUCCGUGCUCGACUCUUUGAAUGAGGCCCAACAGAAAGUUGUGAAAUAUUUUGUCUGAAAUGGCCAAAACACAGCGAUCAACUUCAGGAGGAUGAAUUUAAUUGGACGCGAAUCAGAGAAAACAUUCCUUCGCAAUUUUCUCAAAUCAAAGCACCGACUGCUCCAAGUUUAUGGUCAACCGUCUGUGGGCAAGACCUGUUUAGUUACAGAAAUCUUGAAUGAAAUGAAGAGUGAUUUCCCUCGGAUUUGCUAUAAGGUGAUUCGGAAAGACUGGCCCAAGAAAGAAUUCUUCUGUCCCGAUGAAAGAUUUAAAACAUUGCUUGUCGCAGAUAAUUUUCAAAAUAUUUUUGGGAAAAAUGCUACGGAAGACUUUGACGAUUUCUGCGAGAAACUAAUCACCUGGAACCACGUUAAAGUCAUCUUGAUACUGAGUGGACCUUCAGAAAUGAAGCGCGUUCAGGGUAUCACACUUCAUCUAAAACCACUGCAAUAUUUUGAUUCUCUUCACCUUGUUGAACAGUCUUUACCUGCAAAUAUGAAAUAUUCAAGGAAUCUUAAAUCUUUCUGCUCAAAUUUCUGCAAUGGUGUGCCUGGAAGGAUUGUGUCCUUGUGUGAUAAAUUGUCUGAAUGUCCAGCAGGCACAUCAUCCAGUGAAAUUUUGGAUUUUCUUCAGGAGUCCCAAAAUGUUGACAAUUUUCUGCCGCACCAAUUUCAUGAGUCUUUUAAGGAAUAUCUCCAACAGCUUUCCACGGAACAGCAGCAAGCUCUCUCUGAGCUGAGUUAUUUUCCUGGAAGGUUCAGCCUUCAUGACAUUAUGGCUAUGACAAACUGCAAAAGAGAGCAGCAAGCCAAAUUCAAUCUGGUUUACCCGCUGAUGAAACAAGGCCUGAUUAAGCCUACGAACAACAGCUCAACAGAGUUCGUGUUACCACAGAUUGUGCAUCAGCACUGCCAGAAUCACAUGACACACAUAUCCCACGAAAACUGCACGAGGUUGAAGUUUAAUCAUAUUAUAGGAGAAGCCCUCAUAAAAGCAGAGAAAAUCAAUGACAAAGGACUUAUCUAUAAUGUUGCUGGGAUUUUAGAUCACAAGUGGGAGAAUUUUGCUAAGUUGAUUCUAGAAGCCAUUCAUUCACCUUCAGAUGGAGAAACUUUUGAGAUUUACUGCAAGGUUGCUGUGGAAGCUCGUAGCAUCAUCAAUCUGUGUUACCCUGAGGCUGCCACAGAAUUCUUCAAGGCAAUUCUUGAUGCCUCCAAGAAACUAGGCACAGAGAAGCAGAAGGCGCUGUUGAUGGUUUCCUAUGGACAUUCUCUUCAGAGCAGAAGUAGUUUGGCUGUGAAAGAAGCACAAUGGCAUUUCAAAAGCGCUUUGAGAAUUCUUCAGAAUUAUGGCUGUGAUUAUCAAUGUUUGCUGAUAUACAACUAUAUGAGUCUUAACUACUACAGGCAGGGAAAACUGGAGAAAGGAAUAAGGGCUGCAGAGAAAGCUCUAGAAACCACUGUCUUUGAUCGAGAUAGAGCCGAUGUUGAGCACGCUAAGAUCUACUCUUAUGUGCACCUGACACACAACCUUAUCUUUGCUGUCUGGUGGAAAGAAGGAGCUGUGUUCUUUAUGGCGGGAAACCAUUCCAAAGCUGGGCAAGUGCUGCACGAACAACUGACCCUGGUCGGAGAAUCUGGACAUCCAGCCGUCUGUUAUAUGCUAAACAACGUUGGACUUAAUAUUGAACGCUCUGGUGGUUUACCGAAUUUGGCGCUGCAGUUCUAUCUGUCUUCUCUGUUCAGCAAAAGAAGCAUCUCUUGCGUGCAAGAGCACAUUCUCGUUCCGACGCUGUGCAAUGUUGCCGGACAGUUUUCCAAGAACAAACUUCGACAUGAUUUAGCUCUGAACUUCUUACACGAAGCAAAAGAGAUCCGCACACGAACUGGCUGGGUUCACCCCUACACGGCACUUGUGAUGUGGAAUAUCGGCAUGGUGACCAUGAGAAAAGGCUGCUGUGAGGAGGCUCUUCCAUUCCUCUGCGAAGCCAACAGUUUGUACAACCAGGUGCAUCCAAACCACUAUGUCAAUGCAGAGGUGAAGAUUUGGCUGGCGCACUGCUUGCAUUUAGUAGGUGAUAAAUCAGAAGCAGAGAGGGUCCUGUUGGAGGCUUUGGUGAACAAGGACAGGUAUUUGUCGCUCUGUCCACAGAGUGAAGCUGUCAGCUGUACCCUUGAGCAUCUUGUCAGACUGAACAUAGGUAACCGACAGAAAUGUCAAGAAUACUUAACCAAACUGCAUUCCGAGUUGCUGAGGCUGCACCAUUUCCAUUCAAUUAGCAAUGGAGUACGAACGGACUACAAAGAACUCUACCAUUGGUAUAUCAAAAUUGAGAAUAAUCUAAAAAGAAACCUUCCAUUUCGGCACGAUUUGCUGAGCUUACCUUUCACUUGUCUCGCUUGUAAAGAAGUCAUUAAGUUUAAAAUGACCAAGGAAGAAAUUUAUGUGGAAAGUCUUUGCAAUAUUAAUUCACAGAAUGUUUCCACAGAGCAUUCAGCCCCCUAUGGAUUGCCUCCUUCUUCACCUGAAUACCAACUGUCAAGAUCCCAGUAUUAUACUGCUCGUUUGAAUGAAUUCAGAAACAUUGCUUCCGACACAGAUAAUUACGAACAUGACAGAAACAUGCCCAAGUUAAGUUUACUUUUGAAUUCAGUGUCUUUAACUGAAGACAGAGGAGAAAGCAUUUUCCCUUCUUCAGAUCCGGUGAAUCAGACAUUCACGUCUUCAAGUCAGCGAGAAGAAGAUUGUUUAAGACAAGAUACAACGUUGCCCAAUGUCUCACUUCUUGGAAGCCUGACAUUUCAAAGUUUUUCUAAAAGACAGGCUAAAAAUGGAGAGAAUUUCAGUUCAGUUUUAUGUAAUCCAAUGGAAAGGAAAUCAGAAGGAAGCCUUGUUGAUCCUCUGCAUUUUGAUACACGUGAAAGUUCUUUUACAAGGGUAAAACCCACAUGUACAUUGUUGCUUAAAAACAUUGAAGAAAAUGGUUAUGAUACAACACUGCAACUAGAUGCCUUAAAAGAAACUUUAAGGAGUUUAGGAACAGUUUUUGAUCCUGUUAGGGAUUAUGUUCGGCAGUGCAGUAUGAACGAUAAGAAAUCCCCUAUUAAACAUCAGGCCCCAGAUCCCUUGAAGCUGCUAAGGCGUCUGAAUAGCAACUCAGGUCUCCCUAGUCGGACAAUGGGCGACAGGGAUCAUAAUGACGUGCCUGUUACAAACCUUAGUGACACCCCCUCUGCUGGGUUUGGGGCUUUGGUAAAAAGGAAUCCCACUCCAAGUCCUGAUGAAACAUUUGAUGAUUCCUUAUUUUGCAGUAACUCUGAUUUGUCAACUUCUUUACAAACAGGGAGAGGUUAUUCUUCUUCCGCUUGCUCUUGGUUCCCUGACAAGUUUGGGAAGUCAGGCUCUUCAGAAAAUGAUAGAACAUGGCUUGGAAGUGCAGAUUCGCUCAGCAGUAGAGGAGCUUGCCAACAUGAUGAACUAUUUCAAACAGACAAGAAACACUCUGAGCAAUCACAGAGUGACCAAAGAGACUCUGGGUUGUCUCAGACUUCCACAAAGUGCUAUGAGCAGUUUAUGACAGAGGAGGAAGUCCCUGAGCUCUUGAAGAGGCAUCAGAAAGACUCCAGAGUGUUUCCGAAAAGCACAAAUUGCUAUCAGUUUAUGACAGGCAGUAAAGGCCCUGAGCACUUGAGGCAUCAGGAAGACUCCAGAGUGUUUCCGAAAAGCACAAAUUGCUAUCAGUUUAUGACAGGCAGUAAAGGCCCUGAGCAGUUGCUGAGGUAUCAGGAAAACUCAGAAUUGUUUCAAAAAGAUACAAGGUGCCCUGAACAGAUGCUAAGAGAUCAGAGAGAAUUUGGACAGGUUCUGACAGAUACAAAGAACCAGAGACACUUGGUGACCUGCACAAAGUACUCUGAUCAGAUGCCGAAAGGUCAGAGAGAAUUUGGACAAGUUCCAACAGACACGGAGUACCAGAGACACUCGGUAACACACACAAGGUACACUGAACAGAUGCAAAGAGAAUCUGGACAUUUUCAGGCAGACACAGGGUACCAGAGUCACUUGGCGACAUACACAAAGUACCCUGAACAGAUGCCGAAAGAUCAGAGAGAAUUUGGACAAGUUCCAACAGACACAGGGUACCAGAGACACUCGGUAACACACACAAGGUACUCUGAACAGAUGCAAAGAGAAUCUGGACAUUUUCAGGCAGACACAGGGUACCAGAGUCACUUGGCGACAUACACAAAGUACCCUGAACUGAUGCCGAAAGAUCAGAGAGAAUUUGGACAAGUUCCAACAGACACAGGGUACCAGAGACACUCGGUAACACACACAAGGUACCCUGAACAGAUGCCGAAAGAUCAGAGAGAAUUUAGACAGUGUCAGACAGACACAGGGUACCAGAGUCACUUGGUGAUGCACACAAGGUACUCUGAACAGAUGCAGAGAGAAUCUGGACAGGUUCUGACAGACACAGGGUACCAGAGUCACUUGGCGACAUACACAAGGUACCCUGAACAGAUGCAGAGAGAAUCUGGACAUUUUCAGACAGACACAGGGUACCAGAGUCACUUGGCGACAUACACAAAGUACCCUGAACUGAUGCCGAAAGAUCAGAGAGAAUUUGGACAAGUUCCAACAGACACAGGGUACCAGAGACACUCGGUAACACACACAAGGUACUCUGAACAGAUGCAAAGAGAAUCUGGACAUUUUCAGGCAGACACAGGGUACCAGAGUCACUUGGCGACAUACACAAAGUACCCUGAACAGAUGCCGAAAGAUCAGAGAGAAUUUAGACAGUGUCAGACAGACACAGGGUACCAGAGUCACUUGGUGAUGCACACAAGGUACUCUGAACAGAUGCAGAGAGAAUCUGGACAGGUUCUGACAGACAUGGGUUACCAGAGACACUCAGUAAUACAAACAAAGUACCCUGAACAGAUGCAGAGAGAAUCUGGACAUUUUCAGACAGACACAGGGUACCAGAGUCACUUGGCGACAUACACAAGGUACCCUGAACAGAUGCAGAGAGAAUCUGGACAUUUUCAGACAGACACAGGGUACCAGAGUCACUUGGCGACAUACACAAGGCACCCUGAACAGUUGAUGAUAUAUAACAGACCCUCUGAACAAUCUCAAACAGUCAGAAGACAACCAACUGAACAUGAAGAUAGCGAGGCUGAAUCAAUUACUCCCAACGACUCUUGAAUUUGAAUCUACCACAAGAGUCAGUGAAACACGGACUUAGUUCCAGUAGCAUUACCAAAGUAGGUACUGAAUUAUCUGUUAAGAAAAUUACCCUGCUGAAGACUAUGUUCUUUCCCGGAGGAAGAAGCGUAUCUAAUUUUUUUUAAUGACAUGGGAAGCAAGGUUUAGUGCUGGCGUUAAAUAUCCUUGUGAUCUGUGAAAAGUUACCAACUGGAUUGGAUGAUAUAUAUUAAUCCUUUUCACACCAGUCUGUCCAUGACCAUCCCUAGUUGUAUAAUACCAAACUUCCUGUUCUAAAAUGAUCUGAAUUCAAACCUUCUGUCAUCAAAA